AAAAGUGGAACAUCAAAGAUUCUUCCAUCUUUCACCAUAAACCACCUUGAUACUUGUUCGUAAAUUAAAAUAGCUUUGAAAAGUACUCAAGUCUUCUCGCUUUCCAAGUACAUUUACAAAUCAGCCUGGAUAGUUUUUUUUAAUCAACACCCAUCGAGAAAUUUUCGUGCUUCAAUUUUGGAUGCAAAACUUGCCCUAAAUUCAGUGAUGGCGGCGUACAGCUGAAUUUGUAAAAUCUUUUCAGAGCUGCUGGUGGGCUCUUACAACAAUUUGUGAUUCUUCUUCUGUUUUCUUUACGAUUAAGUUUGGGAAUUUGCAAGUGCUCAUACGUAGUGUAGCAAACCAUCUGCAAAAGGGCUACAACUUCCGAAACAAAAUCGAUCGAGGCAUUCAUAAAGCGUAGCAUCCACAAUUUUUUUUAUCUUGAAGAAAGUUUUCUUUCAAACCAAACGAGAUCCUGCGGAGCCAGGCUUUAUGUAUUGGCCAAUUUAUCGCCAAUUAUUUUCAUCCUGUAAUUCGAGCAUAGGGUUUUAUACGAUUUAAGUUUUGGUGGGUUGAUUCCAACAAAUAGCCGCAUUUUGCAUGCAUCUAUUUUGCAUGUCACCAGAAUUUCAGACAAAUAGGCUUCAAAUUCUGUAACUUACCAAUUCCGAGGUGUACUUGCAAACGCGCCUGUGCAUCUUGCAUGUAAGGGCAGUGAAUAGCGAAAAAACAGAAAACCUAUAGCAAUAAGAAAUAUUUACGGCAUUAAAUGGUAAUGCAUGCCAGGAAACCGCAGCGUUUGUUAAGCGAUGGGUAUCAUCAAUCUCAUCAGUACCAGAAUUCAAAAUAUAGUUCUUCAAAGCGGGAUUACGAACGAGAAACCAGUUCACGAUCGCUAACCUAUACCAGAGAUCAUGAUAGCUCACCGGUCGGAGGGUCCAUAAAUAAUGCAGAUUCCCCAAGGGAUCGAGAUAGAGAUCGAGAACGUGAUCGCGAAAGAGAAAGGGAUCGGGACAGAUAUUCGUCUUCGGCAUAUACCCUGGGAAAAAUGCGCGAAAAGGAACGUGGCGAUCGCGAUUAUAAGAAAGACAAAUAUUCCGAUUCUCUGCGAUCACCAAAGCGAAGCCGAAGCGAAAGGGAUUCAGAUCACAGAAGUUUUCAUGAUAGGAGGAUGAAAAUGGUUACUUUAGUGGAUAAAAGAAGUGCUCCUAGUGAUGACAGGGAACGUGAACGAGAUCGUGACCGAAUCGAACGAGAACGGGAACGUGAUAGAGACAGAGUGCGGGAACGCGAACGCGAUCGAAGCAGCGCGAGCAGUGGUUGUGUCCUGCCAAUCGGAGCUGCAAAUUGUAGCAACACUAGUGUAAGUGGAGCGCUCAACAGCUCGGUGGCAAGUUUACAAAGCACCUUAGUCUCCAAUCAUGCUGGCGUAACGGGAUUGACGAACGCGACGUCCAACACGGCGUCCACCGCUAACAUCAGUCAGGGAGGUCUUGGCAAUGCUAUUAGUAAUACUGUUGGAAGCAAUGAGCGAGAUCGUGUAAAUCGCGUAGGUGAUUGGAGUGAACAUGUGAGCUCGUCGGGCAAAAAGUAUUAUUACAAUUGCAAAACCGAGGUAUCUCAAUGGGAAAAACCCCGCGAAUGGAUCGAAAAAGAAAGUCGAGUAUUACCUAAAGACCAGCUUCGCGAAUAUCGUGAGAAGGAAAGAGAACGCGACAGGGAACGGGAUGAACGCUACACAUCUUCAACACUAAACCGCUCGACAGCCUCGUCGUCCUAUGGAAAGCAUUCAAACAGUAGUAGUAGCAGCAAAAUCAAUUCACGCGGUCGUUGGCAAACACACGAAUCAUCAAUCACUUCUCAUAGAAGGCGUUUUGAUGGGGAUAAUUUGGAUGCGAAUGCUAGUCCGGGUGACUCAACGCCAACUUCUGAGGCUAGUUAUUCACACUCGAACACACCUAUCAUAAAUCAACAGCAGCAGCUUCUGCAGAGCAAUGCUCAUGCAGCUAAUAAUGGUUCCGCAGUUGGUAAUGUAGGUAGCAGCAAUCGAGGAUCUUCGUUGAGUGGAAAUUCUACUUUUGUUCAAUCUUGUGCUCCGAUCGUUGCUAAUGAAGCCGUCUCUGAUGCUCAAGGGCUGAAUUUAUCUUGCCAAUCACAACGAAUGGUUGGACCAAAUUCAGCUGCAACCCACACUGUAUCAACGAUUGUAAAUUCAGUGUCCUCAAAUCAUCAGCAACAGCAACAACCGCUCUACAGCAUAGCAUCUUCCAGUUCAUCGUCUUCAUCUUCUUCAUCAUCUGCAAAUAGUGUGUCGUCGCCCUCUCUGGGUUAUUCUACACAUGGUGCCAGUUCAUCUUUAAAUUCAUCACAAGGGACUACUUCUGAUAUAGGAAUGAUUUCAUCAAAUACACCUGGCCCACCGUCGGCUAUAACGCAUCUUCCAACAAACCUCCACUCACAGCAACAAGUAUGCAGCCUGGCCCAAAAAUCACCACACAUUCAGAAUAGUCUGUCUACA